AUGGUUCACCUUAAAAAAGCGAAAGCAAUAAUCGAAGGCAGAGACAAAAUCUCAGACUUACCUACGUUUAUAUUGCACAAUAUAUUGUCAUUACUCCCAAGGGAAGAUGCUACUAGAACUUGUGUUUUGUCUAAAAAGUGGAAUUGUUUCUCAAAAUUUGAAUUCGAUGAAAGAAUUUUUACAGAAGAAGUAUCUAGUUUGACGCCAGAGUAUUUGUUGAAAUUCUGUAACUUCAUAAAUGUAGUGGACAAGUCGUUGCGGAGAUUCUUUCAUCACCAAAAAGCCAUCCAUAAUAAUGAUAAACUGAUAAUCCAAAGAUUUGUUCUCUCGGUGGAUAUACCAAGUGUUGAUUGUACUGAUGCUCUGGUUUCAUUGGUCGAUGAGUGGAUUGAAUCAGUCAUGGAUAAUGGUAUCAGACAUUUAUCCUUGAUGGUCUCCAUAGAUUAUAGACCUUAUUAUUCUCUCCCUAAAAAUACUUUUCAAGGAAAAUCAAUAAACAAAUUUUCAUUUUUGGAAAGGCUUGCACUCAACUCCGUUUAUAUAAGUGACAAAAUUAUCAGAGACAUCACACGAAACUGCCCUAACAUUGAGUUUUUAAGUCUAUAUUCCUGCUACGGACUGAAGUCUAUUGAUAUUUCCAAUCUUAGUAAACUCAAGUUUUGUGAAGUUGCUGAUAAUCGUGAACAUUUGUCAAGAGUUAAUAUCAAUGCACCAAAUCUGAGCACCUUUUCUUUGGAGUAUUUCUAUCAGCCCCCACCACCGAGUGAUGAUCCACGACUUUGUUGUGAGAUGAGUUUGAGUUGCCACAACCUCAAAUCUUUAACGUUGUCCCAAUGCAGCAUCAGUGAUCAUACUCUUCAUUCGAAUCUUUCUAGGUUGCCUCUCCUAGAAUCCCUAAACAUUGAUGAUUGCUACAUGUUGUGUACGAUAAGGAUCUCAGCACCACAACUCAAGUCUAUUCGUCUUUGUGGACGUGACAACAUCAAAACUAUUAAUAUUAUUGAUGCUCCCUCACUUUCAUCAUUUGAAUACGUAGCUUAUAACACUAAUAAAAACCCGCUUGUAUUCUUCUCCAAGAGUCUCCAAUGUCCGAUGGAAGUUGUUUAUGAGAUUGACCAAUACAAGAAGCUUGACAAUUCUUGGUUUCUCAAGAUAAGGGAAUUUCUUCAGGUUUUCUGUACUGAUCAGAGUAAAACAUUCCAGCCAUAUUUCAAAGACUGCGAGGUUGGCUUUAAUCUUAAAGAGUUACAAGAAGUUGGUAUUCCUCCGCCAGUCAAAAUUGAGAACUUAGGGCUGAAAUGUUUGAGAGUUGAAGAAUCAUCAACCUAUUGUUCAAGUCUCUUUGAUGGCCUGCUCUGGAGUUAUCAUCCGAAGAAAAUAUCUAUUUCCUCCGAUUCCAUACCCCAAAGAAACUGCGCAAAGAUUCUAUAUGAAAAACUGGUAUUGGCGAGAGCAACAAGGUCGAAAUGCUGCAAUUCUCUUAACAGAAAAUGUUGGCGGCAUGAGUUGAAAAGUGUAAGCAUGGAGAUCUCUCAAUGGACGGAGUUUGAAGAUGAGCCGCGGCUUCUUUAUUGGGACCAGUUGCCGCGUACAUGGCCAGUGCUUGGAGAUUUCGGUCAAGUAUUCUUCCAUUUGGUCUGGGAUUAA